AUGCUAUUUAAAGAUUUAAAAUAUUCAAUUAACUCUUGGAUUACACCUAGUGUUUUAAUUAUAUCAUCUCCAUCAGUUGGUAAAAUAUUUCAAAAAUCUGGUAAUACAUCAUUAGAACAAGUUUUUGCACAAUAUAUUUUAGAAAAGAAAAAAGUUAACGUUAAAGUACACGAUCAAACUUAUGAAAUGAAUGAUUUUAAAGUUAAUUUUAUAUCACCACAAUAUUUUGAUCAACAAACCCAAAGUCAAAUUUUAAAAGAUACAGCAUCAUCAAUUGAUUCUUUAGCAACUGAUGAAUACUAUCCAAAUUUUAAAUUAAGAUCAAAACAAGAUGUACAAUAUUUCAAUAAAAUUUGUUCUGAACCAACACCAUGGUUUGAAAAGUAUAGAUAUCAAUUUAUAAAAUCACUACAUAAUUUAGAUUUAGAAACAUUUACACAUCCAAUCGCAAUUAUUUUAGCAACAUCAUCAGAAGAUUCAAAUCCAAUUGGUUUAUUAGUAAAAAUGUUUGAUUCAGCAAAACCACCACCAAUUUUUCAACAAUUAGGUAUUGAAGCUGCAAAUAUCCCAAAAAUAUAUAUGUUGGUACAUCCAGAUAACUCACAUGCAGAAAGUGAAAAACGUUUAGGUGAAAUGAAACAAACCUUUGGUUCAUCCCAAUCUUAUUUAUUAAGAGUUAAUACAAAAGAAGAUCAUUGUGGUUUAGGUUAUGAUCAUUCAACUGCUCAUUUAAAUCCAUUGGCCCCAAUUAUUAAUGACAUUUUAUCAAAACAUAUCCCAGUUUAUUUCGAAAAAGCUAUUGGCGAAUUAAAUGAAAAUAUUGCAACAAAUAAAAAAAGUUUCUUUUCUAAAGUUAAAGCAUUUAGAUUUGGCGGUAAAAAAACAAAUGAAAGUGAAUCAGAUAGUAAUAGUCCCAACAAUUCAUCAACAGUCGAACAAUCACUUAGAAAGGUUGGUGAUCUUUAUUUCUUAUUGCAAGAUUAUGAAAAUGCUUUAUCAAAUUAUAAAACUUUAGCCAAAGAAUUCAACAGUGAUAAAUCACCAAAUUUUUAUGCCUCUGCAAAUGAAAUGAUAGGUUUAUGUAAUUAUAUGAUGAACAAGGAAAGUGAAUCAUAUUUUGAAAUUGCAUAUAAUAAUUAUAUUAAAGGUAGUUUGGUACACUGCGCGGCAAGAGUAGCAAUGAUUCAUGGGUAUAUUAUGAAGAAGAAAUCAAAUUUUAAAGGUGUUUCAGAUUUAUUUAAACAAACUGCAGAAAUUAGAGAUAUCGAUCCAUUUUGUUCAGCUAUACUAUGGGAGCAAGCAGGUUUUUCAUUACUACAUACAACACCAUCACCAUUAUUUAGAAAAGCAACCAUGAGAAUAGUUAUGGCAGGAGAUAAAUAUUCAGAAGCAGCCAAAAGAAAACAUGCACUUCGUUGUUAUAGUUUCUCUUAUUCAGUUUAUGAAGGUAGAGAUUGGAAUUUAAUUGAUGAUCAUUUACAUUUAUCAUUAGUUAGAUAUUCAUUCUUCCAAGGUAAUACCAGCGAUGCAAUAUUAUUUGUAAACAAAUUACUCGAAAAGAAUUGUCAAACCUUCCAAAAACAAAACUCAAUCAUUAGAGAGUUUUUAUAUAUCAGUAAGAACUAUGGUACAAAUAAAGAAAACUAUAUAGGCGAGUUACCAAUUCCAUCAAUUCAUAACGAAAGUAUCUCAGUUCAUUUGAAUGAUUAUUCACCAGAUGGAAGUCAAUCAGUAUGGCAAGAGAUGGAAGAAGCCUUCAAGAAAGAAGCCCAGGUCAUUAGCAAACCACUAUUACAAGGUUUUGAUCUUUGGAAGAGAGAUUUGUAUUUCGAAACUGAAAAAGAAAGAACAGCGGUAGUUGAGGAGCAAAUUACAGUCGAAGUUGAAAUUAAGAAUCCACUUCAAAUUCCAUUACAGUUUAAUCGUGUUCAUUUAGUUGCCACCUAUAAAGAAAAUGAUGCAUCAAAUACUGAUGGAGCCAUCGAAGAAUCCAAUAUGUCACCACUAGAUGACGAGAAUAUGAAGCGUAUGAUGGACGGAUCCACUCCAUUCAAGGUUGAACCAUUGGAUAUUUUAUUGUUACCAACAGAAGUAAAGAAAAUAACCUUCUCUAUCCAACCAAUGAGACCAGGUUUAUUACAAGUCAAAGGUUUAGGUUUAUGUAUGUGUGGUGCUGUAUGGGGCAAACGUGAAUUUAAACUAAAGCAAAAACGUCUCAAUAAGACCAGACAACAAAGAGAAUCCGUUGUAUACGAACAAAAUCUUUCUUUAACUUUCCGUGUUACAUCACCAAUGCCACGUUUAGAAGCUCAAUUUUUAGAAUUCCCAGAUGCUCUCUACCACGGUGAAUUAAGACAAGCCAAGCUCCAAUUAAAGAAUUGUAGUAAUAAAAUGGGUUUAAAGAAUGUUCGUGUUCGUCUUAGUCAUCCAACCUCUGUUUGUUUUGGCAGCAAUAGCAAUGAUGCAUCCGUAGUCAAAUCAUUGGAUAAAUCAGUUUACUUGGAUGUUUCAUUACCACCAAAUGCCACUGUUACCGUUCCAUGCUGGGUUCGUGGUAUGUCUGUUGGAAGACACACCCUUCGUUGUUUGGUUUACUAUGAAUCUGAAGCUGGUAAUACCGAUUUGAAAUAUCGUUUAGCUCGUUGCCAAACCCAAUUCGACGUUAGACCAUCAAUUAGAAUCUCUUCACUUUCACAACAAUCCUGCUCUGGUUUAAACUCUUAUCUUUUAGGUGUUGAAGUCGAUAAUCCAAUUAUUGGUGGCGGUGGCGAUAGCUUUAACCUUAAACAAAUCUCUUCCAUCAGUAAUUUUUGGAAGAUUGAACCGCUAUCAUACAAUGCAGAUGUACCAAAUCCCUCUAUAGUCUCUUUAAAUCCUGGACAAUUUACAAACUUAUUCUUUAGAAUUGAACCAAGCGAAAAAAAUAUAUUAAAAGAUAACCAAAAUCAAAAAGAUAUUUCAAUAACAAAUAUUAGCUUUUAUAAAAAUGAACCAAUGUAUGACAGUAGCUCUUUCCCAAUUUACAACUUUUUAGAAUAUGAAAAAUUAAAUCAUGAGUUACAACAACAACAACAGCAACAACAAAACCAACAAUCAAAUAACCAACAACCACAACAACAGCAACAGCAACCACAAAUUAGUCACCAACAGUCACAACAGCAACUACUUUUAAAUAACUAUAAUAAUUUAAAUGAUAAUAAUCCUCUAAUUGAUAAUCAUCCAAAUCAAAUUGAUUUAUUAAUAUACUGGGAAUGUAACAAUAAUAAUAGAAUGGGUGUUUUAAAUAGCCCAAAUAUUUCAUUUUUACCAACACAUUACAGCGACUCCUCACUCUCUAUGCCAUGGGGAUCGUGGAAGAAUACAACAUCCCCAUCAGGUAAAACCAUUGCUUAUCCAUCAUUAAAACUACCACUUCGUUAUAAAAUCAAAUCCCAACAUUCAAUUAAACACAACUUUGAAAAUGAUAGAUUCUGUACCGUUCCAUUAAAACUCUCACUUUCAAACUGCUCAUUUGUUCAUCCACUUCAACUCUCAAUCGAAACACUUUUACCUCACGAAAAUAUAGAUCAAACCACCCAUUCAACAUCCCAAUAUUUCUGGACUGGUGCUACAAAGUAUAAUAUCGAAUUAAAGCCACAAGAAAUUACAGAUUUACAAUUACAUUGUUGUUUCACUAAAUUUGGAGUUUAUAAUAUAAAUAGAUUUAAAAUCAAUGUAAAAUUAUCAAAUGAAAUUCAUAAAGAAAUUUAUUCAACAAUUCAACAUUUAAUAAAUAUUGAACCAUAA